AUGCGAAAUCCUGGUGUUCCGUCGGCUCCUGAAGCAUAUUUUGUGAUGGAUGAAACGAUGGAAAUUUUUGCACGAAAAGUUUUCGUUGGUGGACUUCCUAUCGAUGUCACAGAAGAGGAAAUAACUUCUACUUUUUCCCAGUUUGGUCCAGUGCUCGUUGAUUGGCCUCGUCGACCUGACACAGCUCGUUACAUGACCGGGUACGUGUUUCUCGUAUUCGAAGAUGAGAGUUCAGUGCAGUCGUUAGUCAAUAAAUGCCAUAAAGAGGAUGAAAAGUACUAUUUGUUUGUUUCCAGUCCCACUAUGCGUGAUAAACCGGUGCAAGUCCGACCAUGGCGUUUGAUUGAUAUGGAAUACGUGCUCGGGGAGAAUUUCAUACUUAAUCCGAGACGUACUAUUUUUAUUGGGGGUGUUCCGAGACCUACAAAAGCACGCGAAUUGGCAAGUAUACUAGAACAACUUUAUGGACCCGUUUGUUACGUUGGAAUCGAUAUUGACCCGGAAUUAAAAUAUCCUAAAGGAGCUGCACGAGUCACUUUUUCCACUGAACAAGCUUUCAUUACAGCUAUCAGUGGACGAUUUGUAAAUAUCCCGCACGCUGAUGUAUUCAAGCGAGUUGAAAUCAAACCUUACAUGAUGGACGAGCAAAUGUGUGAUGAAUGUGAAGGUUUGCUAUGUUCAGAACGUUAUGCUCCAUAUUUCUGUGGUGAUACGUCAUGUUUACAGUAUUACUGUGAAACAUGCUGGGAUAACUUUCAUUAUGGUGAAUUUUCGGAUGAGAACAAAGCUUUGCACAAGCCGUUGGUCCGUGUUGGAGAUCAGACAAAAAUUCUACCUCAUCCACCACAUCACAGUCAAAUUCCGGUGACUGGAAUAAUGCCUGUAGCAGGGAUCGACUGCUGUCGUCACGUUAACCCAAUGAUGUGCUGUAAAUCACGUUGCUUACAGUUUUAUUGA